CAGCCAGUAAAGCAAUCCACCUUCUUCGAUACAGCCAAAACUCCUUAUGCAACAGCUGCUGCCAUGGUGGAAAAGGCACUUUCUCUUGGGAACAACACAUCACAGUCUCAUGCCUACUACUUCCUUCAGCAGUGGCGUACAAGGGGCAGUCCUAUU